AUGGGAGAUUUGCAGGAGGAGAGUGUGCUGACUUUAGGGAUGGCUGAUGAUCUAACUCGCGGAAAUAAAAUGACAGGUAGAGAUUCGAAUCGUGAAGAUGCUAUUGGUUAUGUUCGGUUGAAACGUGAAGGUACAAAAUGUAUUGCAAAAUGCAGAGUUACACCUGAACAUAAAGUGAAAACUACGACCAACCACUGCACAUUGGUAUAAUUUUUUUUUUACUCCUCGACAUAG